UCCGAUUAAAAUUGUGAUGGAAAUUUUCGUUUAAUCGUUGCAACUAAGCACUUGAUCCAAUGAAGGUGAUGAUGCCCUUCGUUUCAAUCUGGUUUGUGUUGGCCAGUGUUCCAAACGUUAGCCAACACUGUUGGCUAAUAUACCGGUUCGUCCUGAUGGUCAAAUAGAGAGUCACGAAUAACGACGCACGAAUCACGAAUAAAUUGCCACUCGCUUUCAUUUCGAUUUGAAUUAUUCAUUAAGCAUUGGUCACACAUCUGCUGCUCUUCAGCAUAGCUUAAAGCUAUGCACUUCAGUUUCGGUUUGACUCGGACGGUUGCCUGUAUAUGACUGUAUCAUAUAGUAGGAAUUAGCCAAUAGUUUUAUUAUUAUUAUUGUUAUUAUUAUUAUUAUUUUUUUUUACACAAUCAUUUUUAUGAAAUGUUUGGAACAAAUUUGAACAAGAAACUUGAUAAAGUCACUUUGCGACUCAUUUUCACAAUCUGGCAAAAACAAAAUGGAGACCAGACUGCUGCAGCAGACUAAAAAAUUUAGCCAAGGACAAAUGUGAAAUGUCCAGCAUUCAUUUGAUUGUUCUACACUUAUUUACUCAAUACUGCAAGGAAAUAUUAUGCAAUAAUAAGGUAUCAUGUGCACUUCAUCAACUGAAAUUUCACUGUUGUUUCGGCAGGGAUGCAGUUUUGUCUCGGCACUCGGUUGACGACCCUCGUCUCCGCAAUGAAAUCACGACGACUCUGCCGAUUGCCAACAGGAAUGAACCGGCAAAUUCAUCCAAAAUUGUAUCUCGACCCGCGAGCGUCUCUACGCAGCCAAAGAUCUCGUUCAUUCUCAUGAAAGGGCCUUCCAGUGAUGGGCAGCAGUUGGCUUGGUGUUGUCUUCUAGAAGAAAUGGAAACGAGACGUGACGCCUUGCUCGUGUCACACGGCGCUGGAGCUCGGCCAUCAUCAAAUUCAUCGGCAAUCCUGGAUCAUCUCAGCCCGUGCUGCCUAUACCCAGGAAAUGGCAAACACUUGGACGCGCGAGACGAUCGAACCCGGCCGCGUCUCUAAUCAUGCAGAUCCCCUCAUCAAACAAAAGGGGCGUGCACAAUACCCAAAUGAGAAGACUCGAGUGCUGGAUGAGAAACGGCCGCUGCAGCAGGGCCAGCAGAUUCAGCACUGGCGAGUAUAGCCGAGUCUUUUCCCAUUUUUCAACCAUUACGAUCCGGUUUAUUCUAUAGCCAGCAGCUAUAGCAUCCAUGAGACUGGGUUGUGUUGUUCUUGGCUGACCGGUUCGUUAUACUCACAUGAUAUUGCGUUGGCGUGUAACGACUAGUGGAAGCAUUUGACACAUUCACUCGGUUCAGUUCGGAUUGACUCGGAUAGGACUGCCCCUGAUGACUGUAGAUCUUUCAACGUCGGAGGAGAUUGAGCGCUGUUGCGAAAAAUGGCGCCAAAGUGCUGGUCGAUUCGUGAGUUAUUUGACUGCCUGGAUGUCGCUAGAGCGACGCAAUUGUGCCGCAGCUACAGCUUAUUGGCUUUCUCUGCUGUAGUGGCCUCGUCGUUGCUAUUGGCCGUGUCGAUCAUGUACAUUUAUUCAACCCUAUUAGUUUAUCCGUCAUCCAGUUACUACCACCACCAGCAGCCUCUCAUCGAUCGUCUGCUGCUGCUGAACCUGACGGCAAAUCACGGCGGUGACCAUCAGCAGCAGCAAACAGACAUUGACAUUGUUGACGGACGUGAUGACGUCAAGCUCAUCUUGUUUUGGACGCCAUUUUUCAAGGUCAAAGACUUCGGGUUCGGUAGCGGCCGCAAGGCCUUCAUCAACGCCGAAUGCCCAGUCAACAAUUGCGCGACGACCAGCGACCGGAAUUUGGUCAACCAAAGCGACGCCAUCCUGUUUCACCCCAUAAAUGUCGACGUCAGAGAUUUGCCCAGGCAGGAUCGGCGAUUGGCUCACCAGCGCUACAUUUUUCUCUUAUUCGAAGCCCAUCCCAGCUACCGAAGUUUGCCCGUCUUCCAGAAUCCGUCGACCAACGUGGAAUUCUUCAACUGGACCAUGACGUACCGGCGAGACUCUGACGUUUACGAUUCCCGCUACGGCGCUCUCCUGCGCCGUCAGCAUCCGUCAGCAGCAGCCGACCGAUUGCCUGCCACACUGUCGCCGGAAGACUAUCCGCCAGAUCCGUCGUCGUUUUGGCGACGGCCGUCGUUGAGCAGCAGCAGCAACCGGACGAAAUCGGUGGCCUGGUUCGUCACCAACUGCAAAACGCCCAGUUUCCGUGAAAAUUACUUCCGGCAAUUGGCCAAAUUCAUUGCGGUCGACAUUUACGGCGGAUGCGGCCCACUCAAGUGCGUCCCGCCUCAAAGUCGCCAGUGCGACCGACUGCUGGACGACUACAAGUUUUACAUCGCGGCCGAGAAUUCCAUCUGCCCCGACUACCUGACGGAGAAAUUCUACCGGGCCCUGGCGAUGGGCGUCGUGCCCGUCGUCUACGGCGGCGCCGACUAUUCGGCCUACGCCCCGCCCAAUUCCUACAUCCAGGCUGCCGAUUUCGAGUCGCCCCAAGCCCUGGCCGAGUACCUGCUUCUCCUGGAGCGCAACCCUCGCCUCUACGCCAAAUACCUGGACUGGAACAAGGACUGGGAAAUCGAUCAGCGCAAACGAUUGAACGGCUGGUGUCGCCUGUGCGAGAAGCUCAACGCACCGACGGGCCCUUCCAACCCCGUCAAAGUUUACCCAAAUAUGGCCCAAUGGUAUUACGACAAAGUCCCUUGCCUAUCGGGUGCAACAAUCAUGCAACAAUACCCAUAAUCACUAUAAUAACUUGUAUCAACUCGUGUGAUCAAUCAAAUUCAAAUUCCACAAAUGAGCCCAUUGAAAUCUGAAAAUAAAUAACCACCUGUGUAAUUAAUUAUCGAUGCAAAUAUACGUUUUCUUCUUAGUUUAA